AGGCGCGGUCUAAUGCGCCGGCCCUUUGAGGCAAUUUUUCUGUCUGCGCCCAACUGUCAUGCGCAUCUCUUUUUCUCAUUUUUUUAAGUCGUGUCUUGCGUUGUAGACUGCCCCCGCCAGGUGGAGGAUUGAGGCCGAUGGGAAACGCCCAGAACCACCCCGCGCCGUGGUCUACAAAGCCCGGAGCGUCCGAAGGCGGGAGGAGUUGGGCGAGCCCGGGAGGCAGGAGGAUCCCCACCACACAGGCUUACGCCCGGCUCCCCCAUCAGGCCGCCUCCAGCCGCAUGAAGACCCCCAGGCCGGGGCUGAGAGCCUGGAGCAGCCCGGACUGAAAUCUUGCGGCGGCCUUAGAGCGUUAGACAGGAUGAGGCUGGGCCGCCGGGCCCUCUGUGUGCUGGUCCUGCUGCUCGCCUGCGCCUCGCUGGGGCUCCUGUACGUGAGCACCCGGGAUGCGCCGGGCCUCCGGGCACCUCUUGCGCUGUGGGCGCCCCUGCAGGCCCCCCCCAGACCAGAACUGCCAGACCUUGCGCCCGAGCGCCGCUAUGCACACAUCCCGGUCAGGAUCAAGGAGCAAGUGGUGGGGCAGCUGUCUGGGAACAACUGUAGUUGUGAGUCCAGUGGAGGGAGCUUUUACCUCCCCUUCCAGAGGCAGGUUGGAGCCAUUGACUUCACCAAGGCCUUUGACCCUGAGGAGCUGAGGGCUGCCUCAGCCUCCAGGGAGCAGGAGUUCCAGGCCUUCCUUUCCAGGAGCCAGUCCGCUGCGGACCAGCUGCUCAUAGCCCCUGCCAACUCCCCUCUUCAGUACCCCCUGCAGGGUGUGGAGGUCCAGCCCCUCCGGAGCAUCUUGGUGCCAGGGCUGAGCCUGCAGGCAGCUUCUGGUCAGGAGCUUUACCAGGUGAACCUGACUGCCUCCUUAGGCACCUGGGAUGUGGCAGGGGAAGUGACUGGAGUGACUCUCACUGGAGAGGGGCAGCCAGAUCUCACCCUCACCAGCCCAGGGCUGGACCAACUCAACCGGCAGCUUCAACUCGUCACUUAUAGCAGCCGAAGCUACCAGGCAAACACAGCAGACACAGUCCGGUUCUCCACGGAGGGACAUGAGGCUGCUUUUACCAUCCGCAUAAGACACCCCCCCAACCCUCGGCUGUACCCAUCUGGAUCUCUACCCCAGGGAGCCCAGUACAACAUCAGCGCCCUGGUCACCAUCGCUACUAAGACCUUCCUGCGUUACAAUCGGCUACGGGCACUCAUCGCCAGCAUCCGCCGCUUCUACCCAACGGUCACCGUGGUCAUCGCCGACGACAGCGACAAGCCAGAGAGCAUAAGCGGCCCCCACAUCGAGCACUAUCUCAUGCCUUUUGGCAAGGGCUGGUUCGCAGGCCGGAACUUGGCCGUAUCCCAAGUAGCCACCAAGUACGUCCUGUGGGUGGACGAUGACUUCGUCUUCACGGCGCGGACGCGGCUGGAGAGGCUGGUGGACGUGCUGGAGCGGACGCCGCUGGACCUGGUCGGCGGCGCGGUGCGCGAGAUCUCCGGCUUCGCCACCACCUACCGGCAAAUGCUGAGCGUGGAGCCUGGCGCGCCGGGCCGCGGGAACUGCCUCCGGCAAAGGCGCGGCUUCCACCACGAGCUCGUCGGCUUUCCAGGCUGCGUGGUCACGGACGGCGUGGUCAACUUCUUCCUGGCGCGCACCGACAAGGUGCGCGAGGUCGGUUUCGACCCGCGCCUCAGCCGCGUGGCGCAUCUGGAAUUCUUCCUGGAUGGGCUUGGUUCCCUUCGAGUGGGCUCCUGCUCAGACGUCGUUGUGGAUCAUGCAUCUAAGCUGAAGCUGCCUUGGACAUCAAGGGAUGUGGGGGCAGAGACUUAUGCCCGGUACCGUUACCCAGGAUCACUGGAUGAAAGUCAGGUGGCCAAACAUCGCCUACUCUUCUUCAAACACCGGCUGCAGUGCAUGACCUCAGAAUGAUGGCCUCUAAGGGCCUUCAAACUGUCAGGCUGGGCCUGCCUCCUUGUCCCUGCCAGGAAUUUCUAGAAAAUCCCAGGAAUUCCUAGCAAAUCCCACCACCCGGUGACCGCUCCACUGACUGUCCCUGAUCCCCUUCAGAAUCUGAUCCCAAAUAGGGGCUUGUCCUGGUGACACUCCUCCUUUCUGUGAGUGCCCAGGGUUAGGGACGUGAUGGAGCCAUAACUCGUCCCACAGCCAGUGCCAAGUCUUCCCCCCCCACCUCCUUCUCAUGGGGCAGGAAGUGGGGGGGGUCACUUUCCAAGUGCCAAAGAGCCCAUGGGGACUCUAAGAACUUAAAGUGGAAAUACUCUCCUCUUAUCUCCUUGGGACUGAGGGGGUGGGGAAGCCCCCCCCCCCCGACGUGUGUUCCCAGAGCUGUGCCCCUCUCCCUCAUCUCUGGACCCAGGACUCUGCACAGGCUCCAGCCCCAACCCCCUCCCCCACCCCAUGGAGAGAACUGGUGACUCUGGAGCUGGGGUGAGGGCUGGUGAACACACAAGUGAAAGCCAUUUUUAG